AUGACUGACUCGGAAGGUAUGAUGAACAUUGGCAAACACUGCCAGCAUUGUCGACAAUUGGAUUUCCUACCGUUUGUGUGCUCUGAAUGUGGAGGGACUUUCUGUGGAGAUCACAGAGUUCCAGGGAUCCAUCGUUGCUCCAGUCCGUCGUCAAAAGAUUCAUCUGCCACAAUACCAACUUCAGAGACAACCAGCACCACGCCAGGACUCACAGCAAAACAACUUUUCGCACAAGCUAAAGAACCAAAACGUUAUGAGACCGAUCGCCGACUUGGAACUGGAACCCCAGGGACCCUUGGGGAAAUGUUACGUUCGACUCAAGGGCAAAGCAUGGGAGGACUUAAGGCGUUGGAAAAAGUCCGCAAGUUUGUGUUCCAGCAACGUAAAUCUCUGUCAAAAGAAUCAUCAUCAUCAUUCAAAUCUUUUUUCAAGAGCUCACCAAGCCAACGAAUCGUGAAUGUUUCCAAACUCAAAUCGGUGGCGAAAGGUGACCCUAAGACCCCGAUGAGUGAAAGAGUAUACGUGUGGCUUAUUUUGGUGCCGGAUGAUAGUGAUUUUGGUGAGUUUUUUGAGAAAAAACAACAUUUGCAAGCAGAUUUCCGCAAACCAUUCUACGUUUCCCGAAGUUGGCCGGUGGGGAGGGCACUUGACAGUGCCACCCAGAUUUACAAGAUUAAGAACCAGAAUAAUAAAGCGGUUGACAAGAGCCAGAAGUUGUCAAUCUUCAGGUUGGCCCGUAGUGCUGAACAGAAAUCGACAAACAAUAAUGAUGAUGAAUUGGUCCAUCCUGUGGCUGCCAAUGGCAGGGUCAAUAAGGAAUUCCAGGAUGGAGAUACGUUGUACUUGAUUAGGGGAGCUGAUUUAUGA